UGUCUGCAUACAAAAAUCCCAUAGCACCAGUUCUUCAUUUUAAAUAAUUUCUAUUAGAGAAAAUAGAACUAAAUAAGAAAUAAGGUGUUUCUUUAUUUUUUGGUUAGAGCUAUAUUCACUAACAUGACUACACAGCUAAUAAUAGGAUUUCUGCUCAUUCAGGCACUUUCACAGGUGAUUGAGAACACUGUUCCAGAGGAAAGAGACAAUCCACAAAGAGCUAAGUUUUUGAAGGAAGUGGAUUUCAAUAUCUCUAAUACCCAGAGUGAGAUCAAAGAGGAGAUGGAUGGAACAGUUAAAACAAGACCACAUGAAAGAUUACAAAAUGGAAAGAGCAGUUCUAGGGAUGUUCUAAUGUUUCCUCGUUCUUCAUCUGGCAUUAAAAGACACAAGAGAGAGUGGGUGAUUCCCCCGAUUAAUAUUCCUGAAAAUCAAAGGGGAGUGUUUCCCAAACAAGUGGUGCAGAUCAAAUCUAGCAAGUCAAAGGAAUUCAUUAUACAUUAUAGCAUGACUGGACCAGGUGCUGAUUUACCCCCAACAGGACUAUUCAAAAUGGAUAAAACCAGUGGCUGGUUACUAGUAACUGAACCCCUAGACCGAGAGAAGCAGUCUGAAUAUUUGCUUACUGUACAUGCUGUUUCAAUAAGAGGGAAUAUAGAAGAAGAUCCUAUGGAAAUUACUGUAAUUGUGCUGGAUCAAAAUGACAACAAACCUGAAUUUAUCAGCAACACCUUUACAGGAUAUCUAGGCGAAGGAUCACAGCCAGGUACAUCGGUUAUGACUGUAACUGCUAUUGAUAAAGAUGAUCCUACUACAGACAAUGGUAUGUUUAAGUUUGCAAUUAUGAGCCAGACCCCACGUGUGCCCAAUCCACAAAUGUUUACCAUUAAUCAAGAUACUGGGACCAUUAGUGUCAUCUCAGCUGGACUGGAUAGAGAGAAAGUUAGUGAAUAUACACUAAUACUCCAAGUUGCAGAUCUGAAUGGAUUUGGACUCACAAAUACUGCUACUGCUUCCAUCAUUCUUGUGGACCAAAAUCACAAUGCUCCACAGUUUAAUCCAACAACUUAUAGUCAAAAUGUUCCAGAAAAUGCUGUGGACUUUGAGGUUGUGAGGCUGAUAGUGACUGAUAAAGAUGAGCCUCACACACCAGCUUGGAAUGCCAAAUACCGGAUUGUUAAAGGGAAUGAUGGAGGCAACUUUGGCAUUAUUACAGAUCCAGAUAGUAAUGAUGGAAUUGUUAAAACUAUUAAGGGUCUUGAUUUUGAAGCCAACCGUCAAUAUAUACUUCUCAUCACAGUUGAAAACAAGAUGCCAUUUUCCACUCCCUUACCAACUUCCACAGCUACUCUUACAGUCACAGUAGAGGAUGUUAAUGAGGCUCCAAUCUUUAAUCCACCAAUGCUGACAGUUCCUGUUAAUGAACAUCUUCCUGUAAACAGUUUAGUAGCCAAUUAUUUGGCAACAGACCCAGAUAUAGAGAAGCAGCAGACUGUAACAUACCAAAUGAAAUGUGAUCCUGAAAACUUGAUGAGAGUUAAUGCAACAGAUGGAUCAAUUUUUCUUAAUAGAAAAAUACGAAUAUUUUCACCUUUUAUCAAAGGAGAAAAAUAUACUGCCCUGAUUACAGCUGCUGAUAAUGGUCAACCUCCUAUGACUAGUACUGGCACCAUUCAACUAAUAAUCAGUUUCUCUGAACAAAGUCAGUUUUGCAUCAGAUAAUAAGUUGUUCAGCUACCCUCUUCAAUAUUUUCAAAAUAUGUGUUAAAGUGUAAUAAUCCCCUGUACUGUAUACAGUUAUGCAAUAUCAUUGUUAUACACAUAUUCUUAUAUGAAGUGCUAUUAUUCAUUUUCUGGAAACGGCAAAUGCUAAUUUUAACUUUAAAAACAAAUUAUUUCUAACUGCUUAAUAACUAAAAAGUCAGUCAGUCAUUGACCAACCUGCUAUAUCCUAACACAGGGGUCCG